AUGGAUAUCAGUUCUGACAUUGAAGUUGAUGAUAUAAGGCUAGACAAUAUUGCUGAAAAAGAUGUUAGCGAUGAGGAUAUCAAACCUGAAGAAUUGGAGAGGAGGAUGUGGAAGGAUCGAAUCAAGCUUAAGAGACUCAAAGAGAAGCAAAAGAUUGAGGAACAGCUAGCUGCUGAGAGGCAAAAGGCUUUGAAGCAGACCUCUGAUCAGGCGAGGCGCAAGAAGAUGUCUAGGGCUCACGAUGGGAUCUUAAAGUACAUGUUGAAGCUUAUGGAAGUUUGCAAUGCUCGUGGCUUUGUUUAUGGGAUUAUUCCAGAGAAGGGAAAACCAGUUAGUGGUGCUUCGGAUAACGUUAGGGCUUGGUGGAAGGAGAAGGUGAAAUUUGACAAGAAUGGACCAGCUGCAAUAACUAAGUAUGAAACUGAAUGUCUCAUUAAGAGAGAAGGAGUUGGCAGUCACAACGGGAAUUCAAAAUGCCUUCUGCAGGAUUUGCAAGAUGCAACCUUGGGAGAGGAAGCUCUUAUCCAGCAACCAAGCAGUGAGAAUGGUUCUUCGAGCAUAAGUGAAGCACCAUCUAAAGGCCAAGGUGGAAACAUUAAACCUUUAGUUAGCAGUGACAUUGACUAUGAUGUAGAUGCUGGCUGUGUUUCAUUUAAGGAUAGCCUCACACCAAUGAACUUUACAUCUCAAUCUACGCAAGAAAAAGAACUCAUAGAGGAGCAGCCGCCCAAGAGAAAGAAAUGCAAGAGAUCAAGCGAGGAUAAUAUAGUGGUCUCACAAUCUCUGAAUGAGCUUCCUGAAGCUGAGCCAAGAGAUUUGGUGCAUGAUAUUAAUCAAAGAGGUGCUGAGAAUACUGGCUAUGUGAAGAAAGAAGAAGGGCAGCCAGGAAGCUCACUUGACGAAGAGAGAGAGUUCCAAUCUCAUUUACCUGAACUUCAUCAGAACCAUUCAUCAUCUAUUCCAUCUGCAAAUAAUAUGCAAGUAGAGGAGAUUUACACCGUCGAUUGGCCCUUACAACAUCCUUUAACUCGAAAUUUGGAGCUUGUACCUUUUGAUACUAGGUUGGAUCAAGAACCUUAUGGUCUUCAGCCUUCUCAUAUACCUUCGAGCCAUGGACAGAACAUGGUAAUGCCGAAUGCUGGAUUUCAUUAUGGGCCUUCGGAUUAUUACAUUCAGAGUCUGCCACAGAGUUCUCUGAUGCAGCAUCAUCCUGAAGGUUCUUAUUUGCCAAGAGGGGUAUCUAAUACUGGUUUGGCUCCUGCUCCUUUGUAUCCUGCCUUUAAUCACCCUAUGACGGUUGAACCAGGUCUUGGUAGUAGUCAGCAAGUGGUAACCUGUAAUUCACUCCAUUCCGGGAUGGAGGAUUCAGGAAUGAAUAUACCUGUUCCACAAAGAAAUGGUAAUGAAGAAGGUGUUGGAGAUUUUGACCUAUAUUUGAAAGACGGGUAUCAAACUGAACAAAGUGCACCUGUUGAGGACCAUUUGGUACAUUCACCACCAAUUAGCCCAGAUUUUGAAUUUUAUGAUGGUACAUUGGAUGAUUUAUCAUUCAGACUCGACUGGCUUGAAAAUUUUUCUGCAUGA